AUGCAUGUGAAACACCCCCUACGUCUGUCAUCGCAGUUAGGGCUCUCAUCGGCGAUGCGAAUGGAUGAUUUCAUUGAUGAGGCCGCUGCACCUUGUUGUACCAAGGACGCCCGCCGAUUUCCGUCGCAUGUUCUUCAGAAAUGCAUCGAAAGCAGCAGCAACGAUCCAUCCAAUGAAGCCAAUUAUAUACAUGUCAACCUCCGAUCAAUCGAUAUCCUUUUCGAGCAGCUGCCAUCCACAAAAUUCAUUUACUAUCGUAAUCUGGCUUCACAUAUCAAUCAUACAGAUACUCACUGGCCAGGACUGGCACCUCUGAGAGUCAGUCCGAAAUUUUCACCGCGCCCUAUCGCCAGAACAGUCUGGAAACCACGCCAAACACAUCACCACGCACCCAUACUUUCCCUAAGAAGGUUGGUCAACACCCUACCACAUCGUUCUGCCGUCUUAAAAGUGACGUUACAUCCAACGGUACCAGACUUGACACCCGCACAUGCGUGCCUUUACAGCUUCGACUUCCUAAAACUGGCUUCACCCUUACCAAUAUCCCGCUGUCACGUUCCCAAUUAG